AUGUCACAACCAAAAGCUACUUUUUCUGGUUUGAGCCCAAACCAAUGUGCUAUAUUGAUAGAACAUUACAAUACUCAAAUUGCCAAAGUCAAAGCCGAUAUAGAAACGUUAAAAGCAAACGCCCAAAUUUGCACAAUCCAGAAACUCAAAUUUUCAACUGAUGUCAAUGACAUUCUCAAUUUUAAAGAAUCGUUAGUGCAUAAAAUUACCAGUAUGAAUCCUAAAAAUUCAAAAAUUCGCGAAAUUAUUGUAAGUUCGAAUAAGACGAUGCUCAUCAAUAGCUCUAAAAAUGUGCUUACCAAAAACUGGAAUUUCACGUAUGUUGAUCAAGGAUAUAAAGAUCAAAAAGUAUCUAACGUUUUACAACUAUCAUCAGUAGGAUUAUUUAGAUGUGCAAAUUUUACUCCUAAUGGUGAUUUUAUUGUUUGCGGAGUUUCCUCGAAUUUAUUAUUAAUUGAAACUUCUACCGGAAAAGUAUAUGCAAAGCAUACGCUUCCAUUUCCGGUAAGCAACUCAUGCAAGAAUAUGGAAUUCAUAUAUAAUGGUACCGUUUGCGUUUUAUCUUUGGCCCCAACGAUUAUUGGCUUGUUCCAGCUAUCAGGUCAAUUUCAAUCUUCAUUACUUGUAGGGCAUUCAUCUCCUAUUACAGUGUUCGCUAUUUCAAAGGACGAAACUUCGUUGGUUUCCGGAUCUGAAAAUGGAUCCGUUGUUGUAUGGGAUUGGAUAUCUAGAUCGAUUCUACAGACCCAAACACUUGACAAUUCGCCAGUUGUAAGUAUCUUUGCUUUUGAUGAAAAAUCAUAUUGUAUUGGUUACUCGAGUGGAAAGAUAUUCAUAUAUAAUCAUAUAUUAACUCGUAAGUUGGGAGAAUUUAGUGUUCCAGAAUCGCUCUAUUUCGCUUCAAAAGCUAAUAAAAAUGAAAUAAUUACAUGCACAAAGGAUGGAUCAAUAAAAGUAUGGUCGAUUAAGAACGAAAAGCUCUCAUGUAAGAAUACUUUCAUCUAUAAUAACCUGAUCUCUGCAGGAAUUUCUCCAUCAGGUAAUUAUCUGGUCACGGGAUCAAAAGAUGAAAUGGUCGCAUUAUGGGAUCUUGAGCAUGGUCGGAAACUGUUCAAUAUUCGACUCAAUACAAACUCUGUCAUUCAUAUUGCGCAUAAUCCAAAGAAUACUUCAUUUUUGACUUCCACUUCUGAAGGUAAUAUUAAUAUUUGGACAUACACACUUCCGUCUGGCAAUGAAAUGGUCACUCAACAAAGGAUUUUGAACAUUAAAUCCCUUUUGCAGUAA